AUGUUGGCUAACAUGCUUAUGACAGUCAUAAGUCAUAUCGGUAAGGACUCGGUUGAUUUGUAUGUUCUGCUCCAACAACCAAACGAGAGCCAGGUCGUUGGUCCCAUCGAAGUAGAACAAGCUGAGGUUGAUGUAAUUGAUGAAGAGGAAGAAAAUCCAGAGUUAGCAUUUGAUGACAUGGUGAACGAUGAUUCUGAAGACGAUGUUGAAGGUGUAAUACCUCCAAUUUCAGUAUACACACCGCCGUCUCACAUGUCGAACGUUGACAUGGCCGAUGAUGAACCCUCAUCAGACAUAUUCCACAAUGUCUGCAUGCAGUCAGAUGCAACUUUAAAAGAGAAAGAUAGUUUUCGUUCGAAGGAUGAGUGCAUGCGAGCAAUAAAAAAGUUCCACAUGUUACACUCUGUGGAUUUUAAAGUGGACCGAACAAAUGCAGAACGGUACAAAAUCAAAUGUACCAAUACUGAGUGUUUGUUCAAGCUCACUGCUUCAUACAGGUUGAGAAGUGAUUCAUGGGUGAUAGGCAAAAUUUCUCAACCUCACACUUGCAUCAACUCUUCUCGCUCGCAAGAUCAUCGUAAGUUAAGUUACGAUCUGAUAUGUCAAGAAAUCUUGCCUCUCAUCAACAAUGAUCCAUCGUUGAAGAAAGCAUGGUUAGCAAAAACCAAGGCGAUUGAACAAGUAUACGGUAAUUGGGAGGAAUCAUACAAAGAGUUACCCCGCUACUUAAAUGCACUCUGCACUUAUGCUCCUGGUACUGUUUAUGAGAUGGAAACAUUGCCCGCGUAUGCCCCAAAUGGUACUCUUGUCAGCGGAAAUGGAAUAUUUCGUCGCCUAUUCUGGGCCUUCCAACCUUGCAUCAGAGGGUUUGCAUUCUGCAAACCUAUUAUUCAAAUAGAUGGAACGUGGUUGUACGGAAAAUACAAAGGCACCCUACUGAUGGCAGUCGCACAAGACGGAAACAGCAACGUCUUCCCAAUUGCAUUCGCUCUAGUCGAGGGAGAGACCGGUGGAGGUUGGAUUUUUUUUCUCAAACAUCUUAGAACACACGUGGCUCCGCAAGAAGGUCUCUGUUUGAUCUCUGAUAGACAUGCUUCUAUUGUUAGUGCAUACAAUAACCCGGCUAAUGGUUGGCAUGACCCCCCUUCUACGCAUGUCUUCUGCAUUAGACAUACUGUACAAAAUUUCACGCGAGAAAUUAAAGACAGGGCCCUUCGAAAAUUGGUUAUGAACGCAGGGUAUGCAUUAACUCAACCAUCUUUCAAACAUUAUCGUAGAGAGAUCAGACUGUCAAAUCCAGAUGCAGGUACUUGGAUUGAUAAUAUUCCAGUGGAGAAGUGGACAAGGUCAUACGACAAUGGACAUCGAUGGGGACACAUGACAACAAAUCUUGUUGAAUCAAUGAACGGUGUCUUCAAAGGCAUACGACACCUCCCUGUAACCGCUUUGGUAAAAUCAACAUAUUUUAGGAUGGCUUCAUUGUUUGCACAAAGAGGUGAAAGGUGGGACGCUGUGUUACGAGCUGGACAAUUGUGGAGUGAAUGUUGCACAAGAUUUAUCAAGGCAAAAAGUGCGAAGGCCAACACACAUACGGUUACAAGGUUUGACCGACAUAACCAUAAUUUCAUGGUCAGAGAGACAGUCGACCACGGCGAAGGGCUACCAAGACAAGAGUAUAGGGUUCUACUAGAAGAACGUUGGUGCGAUUGCGGCAAGUUUCAGGCAUUUCGUAUGCCUUGCUCCCAUGUCAUUGCAGCAUGUGCCCAUUCUCACUUAGAUGCAUUAGCACUCCUGUCACCCAUUUACAAGUCUGAGACCUUGCUCCACGUAUAA